AUGCACUUCCUGUCCAUCACAAGACAUGCUGAUAGAGUUGGAACUACUUUUUAAUGUCUAUGCAACGAUUCACUCUAUUAUAGUGAUCCAUUAUUUUUAGAAUGCUAGCAAUGCCAUUUGACUUGCAAAACUUGUAAGGGCUCUUCUGAAACUAAUUGUCUAAGUUGUGAUACUACUUACAGACAAUUGAUUAUAUCAAGGUGUAAUUGCUACCCUGGUUAUUAUAGCACAGGCCAGCUAUAAUGUCAAUAAUGCCAUUACACAUGUCUCACAUGCUACUCUGCUGAUGAAGAUGGCUGUACCUCUUGCUUAUCAGCCAAAAAUAGAGUUCUAAAAGCAACCAAAUGUGUCUGUAAGGAGAACACAAUGGAAGCCUCAAAUACAGAUGCUAUGUGUUCAAACUGUUCAUAUCGUUGUUCAUCUUGCAAUAUAGCAGCUGACCAUUGCACAACAUGUCCUGAUUAAUCAUAUCGUGAAAUAGGAACUAAUAACUCUUGUGCUUGUCCAGCCUACUAUUAUGACUAGCCUGAUAACCCAAUUUGCAUAAAGUGCUAUAAUACUUGUUAUGCUUGUAAAGGGUAAAAAAAUACUGAAUGUACUGCUUGUAAUCCUCUCAGUAAAAGAGAAUUAAACAUGAAUGGAGAAUGUGUUUGCAUGAGUAAAUAUUAUGAUACAGGAAUACAAGAAUGUUCAAUUUGCAGCACUGAUUGUUUAGAUUGCAUUACUAGUCCUACUAAUUGUACUUCUUGCAAUCCUGAAAAAUAUUUACUUGGAAACAGUUGCUAAUGCAAAACGAAGCUUUAGGGAAGUUUUCUCACUACCUAUUUUGUUGAAUCAAAAAAUCAAUGUCUAAAUUGUCAUUAUAGUUGUCUAUCUUGCAGUGGUCCAUUAGUAAAUUAAUGUUUAUCUUGUUUGAACUCAGAAUAAAGAACUUUGAUUGGUACAAGUUGCAUUUGUACAGCAAAUUACUUUGAUAAUGGAUUUCCUAAUUGUAAAUAAUGUGAUUUUCGAUGUUAUGAAUGUACAACAUUUUCUACUCUAUGUACAUCUUGCCCAUAAUCAACCUUAAGAACAUAUAAUUCUUUAAACUCUUCUUGUGAUUGCCCGAAUACUUAUUAUGAUGAUGGAGUAAAUCCUGUUUGUUAAAAAUGCGAUUAUUCUUGUUCAACUUGUAAGAUAAUGUCUAGUAGAUGCGAAUCUUGCUAGUUAAACACAUAUAGAGUUUACGACUCUUUAUUAUUUACUUGCCUUUGCGAUACUCAUUAUUAUGAUUCAGGAAUUCCGGUUUGUCAAUAAUGCCAUUAUUCUUGCUUACUUUGUAAUACUUAUGGGGCAGAUUCGUGCAUUAGUUGCUAACCAUAAGCAAUAUCCUUUAGAGUAUUAAAUAGAAACGUUUGCGAAUGUCUCCUUGGGUAUUAUGAUGAUGGAUAUUCUUUAAAUUGUUAAUAAUGCUUUUAUAAAUGUUAAAACUGCAUCAAUUCUCCAACUUAUAUACAUUUAGAUCAAAAUCAAUGUCUAUGCAAUACUGGUUAUUUUGAAAAUGGGUCAAAGCAAUUGUAGUAAAUGCAAUUCAAACUGUUAUAAUUGCAUUUUCAAUUCCAAAUAAUGUAAUUGAACACUAAUACUAAUACUUGUUAAUGUUAAGCAGGCACAACUGAAAUAGAUGGAUUGGGUCAACAAUGCAAUUAAAAUUGUCAGACAUGCUCAAACACCCCUACAAAUUGUACAUCAUGCGGUGUAAUGAAAUUUCUAAGUAAUUCAAAAUGCGCAUGUAUUGACGGGACAUAUUUAGUGGAUGCUGAUAAUCAGUGCUAUUCUUGUGAUUCUACCUGUGAAACUUGUUUUGGUAACGGUUCGUUUUGUUAGAGCUGUAUAUCAGAUAAAAAUAGAAUUCUAGAUAAUGCAACACAUACAUGUAUCUGCAAGGCUGGAUAUUACGAAGAUACUGUUAACAAAUCUUGCAUUUAAUGCUAUUAAACGUGUUUAACUUGUUUUGGUAUUUCUACGUAUUGCACAUAAUGUGAUUAAACCUUAAAUUUAACACUUAAUGAUUAAAAUAGAUGUGUUUGCAAAUCAGGUUUCUUCUUUAAUCUUAUUACUUAAUAAUGUGAAGCUUGCCAUGUUAGUUGUUCUGAAUGCUUAAUAUAAACUUAAUGUUUGACUUGUGAAUUAAUCACGAGAUACCUUGACAAUGACACAUCGUAAUGUGUAUGCAAAAAUGGCUUUUAUGAAGCUAAUCAAAAAUAAUGUUUAUAAUGCCACAGUUCAUGUAAAACUUGUUAGGUUUAAUCAAAUUUAAUGUCUAACUUAUUUUUGUAAAUGAAUACUUGCCCAUGUAUAGAUGGGUACUAUGAUGUUGGAAUUGAAAUAUGUUAAAAAUGUAGUGACAUCUGUAAAACUUGCUAAACCAAUUCAACUAAAUGUUACUCGUGUUAUCCAAAUCAUCAUCGUGUAUUAAAUCAAAAUACUUGUACUUGCUCUCCUGGGUAUUUUGAUAAUGGCUAAUAAUUAUGUGAAAAAUGCUCAAAUUCUUGUCAAACUUGUAAAAAUUAGAGAGAUUAUUGUACUAGUUGUGAUGUUAAUUAAAGUAGAUUAGAUUAAUCUAUUAUUCAUAAAUGUCCGUGUGUUUCUGAUUUUUAUUAGGAUUCUAAUGAAACUUGCUAAAAAUGCCAUAUUAAAUGUUCUGGAUGUGCAUAUGAAAGAGAUAACUGUUUAAGCUGCAAAUUUGUUUAUGGUUCCAACAGAUUAACGAUUUCAAAUUAAUGUAAUUGUAAAGAUGGAUAUUAUGAUGACAAUAUCUAAAUAAUAUGUAAGAAAUGUAAUAACCGAUGCAAAACUUGUGAAAACGAUUCCAAUAAUUGCCUUAGUUGCCUGGGUAAUCUAAAAAUAAAUCCUCCAAAUUGUUUCUGUAUGAAUGGUUAUUUUGAAACUGAUUAACUAAAUUGUGAACCUUGCGAUAUCAAAUGCGAUACUUGUAAAACUCAAGCCUCUAAUUGUAUAACAUGCAGAGAAGGUCGUAUAAAUGAAAAAUGUGAUUGUGAAGAGGGAUACUAUGAUGGUGAAUAGCCUUUAUGUCUAGAGUGCGACUUUUAAUGUUAAACAUGCAGUAAAUCAGCAAACAAUUGUCUAACGUGUAAAGGAGAUAGAUCUUAAAUUCCAUUAUGCAGAUGUUAGGAUGGAUAUUAUGAUGAUUUCUAGAGUUUAAAUUGCUUGAAAUGUGGUUACACUUGUAAAACUUGCACUUUGGAUAAAUGUUUAUCAUGCAAUGGCAAUAGAAUUUUAUCAGAUGAAAUGAGUUGUGAUCCUCCUCCAAAUUCAGUUAGUUCUUUAUUAACUCCUUGGUGUUCAAAUUGCGAAGUAGCUGUUCUGAAAAUAUAUUUAUCAGAUGAUCUGAAAUCAAUACUUGUCCUUUUUGAUUUCCCCAUAAACCCAAAUUUCUUUUCAAGUUACCUUACUAGCAAUGCUUGUUUUAAUAUCUUAAAAUAGACGACUCUUUCGAAAUUAGGAAUGAAUCCAUAAUGUAACAUUGAUCCGAAUAAUACAAAGCAGUUAAUUUUGAAUUUCGGGCACAAUCCUACCAUCACAGUAGGAGAUUAGAUUGAAUUUUUGGAAAAUUCUUUCGGUCACAAUAAUUGUAAUGGCAAACUAUAAUAUUUCAUUUUUAAUACACUUGAAUAACCGUCGAACCCAUUUGCUCCUUUAAUCAAAUAUAACGUACCUACAUACCUUUUGAAUUCUUGUGAAGAGAACAUCAUUUUAAUUUAAUCAAAGCUAUAUGAUGGUUUGAGAAGUUUUAUUUCCGUAUAAUGGUCAUUUAUUGUAAAAGGGUAAAGUGGAAAUGCUGAUCUGAAUAAUUUUGUUUAAGAAUUAACAAAUUUUCAAUAAUUAGACCUAACCAUUCCAGAAAAAACAUUAACUCUCUCUUCAAAUAUUUCUUUAUUUGUGGAGGUUGAAAACUUCGUUUCAAAAAAGAGUGUUUUUGAAAUAUCAAUUCAAACACACAAUGGAUAAUUUCCAACCAUUUUUUAGAAAUUCAAACAAUCAUAUUAUCCAUUUGAAUCCAUAAAAAUGGUUUUCACUAUAAAAAAGAAAAGUUGCAUGGAAAAUUCACAAGUAUCAAAUAAUAAUUCUUAAUAUUAAAUCAAUUUUUAUGAAGUUGACAGAAAUGACUCUAGAUCUAGACCUUCAAAUUUCAAAUUUGAUUAAUUAAUUAGUUCUGACUUAUUAGAACUUAACAUUGAACGCUAUUCUUUAACCGCGUACACAACAUAUACAUUUCAAUUAACGGUUUCAGAUUCUUCAAUUUAAUAUUAUUCAGAACAAAAUACAACUAUUUCCAUAUUAUCAGGGGGAAUUCUUUGUCAAUUUAAUGGAACAAAGAGGCUACAAAAUUAUUAAAGUGCUACAAAUAUUUACAUCCUAUGCAAAGAUCUUGAUGUUCAAUAUGAUUGGAAUGAAGAUCCUGAAUUGAAAAUACAAGUGAGUUGCUUAGAACUAACUUCACAAGGAGAAUGCAAAGAUUCUUAAAAGAGGAAAUUACAAUAUAACUCUACUGAAACAAGUUAGAAAUUUCCUAAAGCUACUUUUCAACCUUACACGAUUUAAUCUUGGAAUGUAAUUGCCACCAAAAACUCGCUGACCUACUCUUAUACUAUCAAUAUUGUAUAUCUGGAUUAUGAUUUCAAAAUCCUGGAUAUAGAUUAUAACAGUGGAUAUUUGGUAAGGCCUGUUAAUAAUUAUGAAGAUUUAUAUUUUACUUUUAAUAUACCAUUUUAGGAGAGGUAAUACCUAUUAUAAUAUUCAAUUGCAAUAAUUUAUGAUUAUCAAUUAAUUUCACUACUUUAACCCCAAUACUUUGAAUAUUCCUUUUAAUUAUAUGAUUACUAUUAAUAAUUUAAUAAAGGAAACAAGUUCAAUCUUAAAUUUUUAGCUUAGUUUACGAAUGAUAUCAUUCCUAAUCAGGAAGACUUAAUUUUAUUUUUAAAUCAACCUCCAAUCUGUAAUUUAAAAAUUCUGGAAGAGAAUGUAUAUGCUAUAGAACCUUGA